AUGAAUCUAUUUGGUAACUUAGAGGAUCCUUGGAAGUCUGGUCAAAUUUCAGGCUCACCUGCCACGCAAAACGAAUGGGCAAGUUUGAAUACUGAUCCACUAACGUCUUCUGGCAUACUGCAGGCAGAGGCUGGACCAGCAUCAACUUCAAAGGUUGAACCAUUUUUAGGCCACAGAAGUAGGGAAUCCAAUGCUCCAGAUGUGCAAUUUGAUACGUCUAGUCUGCUAAUGGGACAACAGGGUGGUGAUAGGACUGCUACAGUGGCUGGAUGGGGCGAUACUUUAGGAGACGUCAACAACCAAGUGUCUAGAGGCCUCUUGAAAGGCGAUAUGCUUACAGAAACACCAUUUGCAGAAUCUACAGAUCAAUCGAGUGAGCCCCAUGUAAAGGAAGACUACGAUAACUGGCUGCAUGAGGUCAGAAAGACAUAUAAUCCUCUGGCUCCUGACAUUAUCCUGGUAGAAGAAUUACCGGAAAGGGAGGGCCUUUUAUUCAAACAUACAAACUACCUUGUGCGACACUUGGUGGAGCUGCCAGAUACAGAGGCAGCUAGUGACAAGAGCGUGGUAAGGCGGUAUUCGGAUUUCGUGUGGCUGCAAGAGGUUUUGCUGAAGAAAUACCCUUUCCGCAUGAUUCCUGACCUUCCACCGAAAAAGAUCGGCUCACACAAUGCAGACCCUGUUUUUCUUAUCAAGAGACUCAACGGGUUGUCAAGAUUCAUCAAUCUGCUCAUAAAGCACCCGGUUCUUAAGACGGAUGACUUACUUCUAACUUUUCUGACCGUUCCUACAGAUCUGCUUGGCUGGAGGAAAAACGCUAGCUACGAUACGACAGAUGAGUUCACCGACAAGAAAAUCAGUUCUUCCUUCAUAAAGAUGUGGCAAAAAGAGAUGGCAGAUCGGUGGAAUGAAGCAGAUGCCUCGAUUGAUACACUUUUGGAUCUGUGGGCAAAAAUUACAAUCCUGGUAGAGCGAUAUGAGAAAAGAAUGAAGUUUAUCAGUCAAGACAGGGCUUUACUUGCAUCAAUCAUUGAUGAUUUUGCUGGCAAAACAACGUGCAUCUUCUCUUCCGAAACCAGCAACACUGUACAGGAAAUAAACGAUCAUUUGGGGAUGGUGUCCAAACACCUGGGAGCCUGCAACAAGAUUGCCAUUUCCGAAAGCGAGGACACGAAAAGAGAAUUGUCGCCGCACUUUAGGACCUUUAUAGAUAUUCUUCUCGCACUCAAAGGGCUGUUCGAAAGAUACAAAAUUAUGGCAGGUAAUACUGUCCCACAGCUUCAAAGACGCAUUGAACUCAAUACCGAACGUUUGGACCAGAUGAAGGAUAAGCCUGAUUUGAAAGGUGCAGAGUACGAUAAGGUAAAACAAAGCAUUCAAAGAGACCGGAGAAGCAUCGCACAACAGAUGAAUAAAAGCUGGCUCAUAAGGGAAUGUAUCCUGGAGGAGUAUGUUUAUUUCCAAGAGACUCAAUUUUUGAUUUCGGACAGUUUUCAAAGAUGGGCGAAGCUCAAUAUGAACUACAUGGAAUUAAACUCCAAUGAGUGGGAAAAACUGUUGAGUGCUGUUGAAACAAUGCCAACCUCGAGAUAA